UCUUGUAUCUGCAACACGUGCAAUAAGCAACCAUGAAGAAGUAUUCAGUUCUCGGUAACAAGAAGAAAGUGACGAUGGAGACGAAUGUGUCCCGUCUCAAAGUGGUCGGGAAUAAUUGUAUUAUUCGCGUACAAUGUAACCAAGGCGAUGUGGAAGUUAUUGGUAACGAGUGCAGAGUGGAGAUUAAAGAAAACUAUGGGACCGUUAACUUGGUGGGCAGCGGUGGUGUGAUAACAAUACAGCGGCGUUCAACAGGAGACAACGUGACGAUAGUCGGGCCGAACUGUCAACUAUUGGUCGAUGGCAAGGAGAAGAGGCUUUCGAGCUAUGAGCCCCAACUAUCGCCCUUCAGCAAAGACCUGGAUGACGUCAUCGAGUCAAUCUUCACCUUCGUUAUGCGUUGAACAUUUUAUUGCACAGCUAGGUUUUUAAAGUGUCAUUUCUCCAGGAGAAAUUUGUGGUUUUGUGUUCACGUUAAGUGGAUGUGACCGGUGGACUGCGAGGUUGAUGAACCCAACUUCAAGUUUUGUGUUUGAGACGUUUGUGUUUUUUUCACCAAGUCGUAAAUAAUCUUUGAAGAUUAGCUUUUGUUUUUGUAUUGAGCAGAUAAAUUGAUGCAAUGUUCUUCCCCUGUUUUGUAUUAAGAUGAGCUUUCAGCAUCCGGUAUUUAUCUUUAUAAUGAAAAUUAAUGCAGAAAUAAAGUGGCUUGAAUUUUAA